CUGUCAAAACAUGACUGAACUCACUGCGGGGGUGUUAAGUAGCUAUAUGAACUGACAGGCAGUGAUCUGGACAUGGAGAGAGGUAGUGUUAUUGGUAAUGACUGGAGAAACCCCAUCAGCGAGGCUCGGCACAACUGAGGAGUACUUUAACCAGCACUGUCAUAAUGGAGGUUCCUGCCGUACAUAACAACCUCUCAUAUGGGAGCAUGGAACCUCCAGACACCCCUCCCAAUAUGCCCAUUGACAAGCUCUUCCCGGCCCUCCUGAAGUGUUUUGGGAUCAUCUUAUGUGGCUACGUUGCUGGGCGAGCGAACAUCAUCACAUCCACACAGGCCAAAGGUCUGGGGAACUUUGUGUCCAAGUUUGCCCUGCCAGCAUUGCUGUUUAAGAACAUGGUAUUGUUGGACUUCAACAAUGUCAUCUGGCCAUUUCUGUGGAGUAUUCUCAUCGCCAAAGGGUCUGUGUUUAUUAUUGUAUCUGUGAUAACACUAUUGGUUGCCAGCCCUGAAACUCGCUUCAGCAAAACAGGUCUCUUUGCAAUCUUUGCUACUCAAAGUAAUGACUUUGCUUUGGGAUACCCUAUUGUUGAGGCCUUGUACAAGAACAGCCACCCAGAAUACCUGCAGUACAUCUACCUGGUAGCACCCGUGUCCCUCAUGAUUCUCAAUCCCAUCGGCUUUGUCUUCUGUGAGAUUCAGAGGUGGAGGGACCAGAAGGACCGGCAGCAAAGCAAACUGCAUGUAGUGGGCGUGGUACUCACGCAGGUUCUGAUGAACCCAAUAGUCUUCAUGGUGGUUAUUGGCAUCACUUUUCACUUCAUCCUGGACCGGAACAUCCCUGUUUUUAUGGAGCAGUUUGUGGACGGGCUGGCCAACUCUUUCGGGGGAGCGGCUCUGUUCUAUUUGGGUCUGUCCAUGGUGGGCCAGCUGGGGAAGUUCACCAAGUCCACAGUUAUAUCCCUGAUUCUGCUCAUCACAGCACAACUGUUGGUGAUGCCGUUGAUCUGUCGGGAAAUGGUGGAGCUGCUGGAUUCGGACAACAGCAGCUCUGCUCUCAACCACUCCAGCCUGUCCAACUAUGCGUUCCUGUACGGUGUGUUCCCGACAGCCCCCAGCGUGGCCAUAUAUGCUGCCCACUACAACAUGGAGAUAGAAGUUAUUACCUCAGGCAUGGUAAUAAGCACGUUCCUCUCAGCUCCCAUAAUGUAUGUUUCUGCUUGGUUGCUGACAAUACCGUGGAUGGACCCUAAGCCAUUGAUGGAUUCGCUGCAGAACGUCAGCUUUAAUGUCAGCAUCAUCAGCUUAGUAACACUGGUUUGGACAGUAACUGUCAUGUUCCUGAGUAAGAAAUCUAAGAGACUACCUCACAUGUUCACCAUCAACCUGUUCCUGGCACAGAUUCUAGUUUGUGUUGGCAUGAUCUUGUGGAACUUUGUCGUGAGACAAGACAACUUCAUUGGAUGUGUGUUGACAUUCACACUGUUGUACUGCUCACUGUACAGUACCUAUGUAUGGUCAGGCCUGAUAGCCUUUGCCCUUGUCCUGAUGAAGAGGGGGGGGGAGCUGAAGGUUGCACCAGGUUAUUUGGUAAUUGCAGGCUGGGGAGUCCCGGCUGUUGUCUCGGCGGUGCUCCUCCUGAGCGGGGAGAGGAUGCCCGACACCAUCGACUCGUCUUUAUUCUACGGGAGGCCCCAGGUCAUCUGCACCUCUGUUGUCCUUUCCUUCAGCAUACUGCUGGCUGGGGCCUCACUGAUGAGCCUUAGUCGGGGCACGUGGGACCACAAGUACCAGGUCCUGGAGAGGGACUGUGUUCUGGACACCACAGAGGACCUGAGAUCUCAAACCGUCCCAGACAUGUGUGAGCCAGCUGAGAACCAAACGCUCAGCCGAGAGUGCCAGAUGUGUGACUGUGCCCCGCCCGAGCCUCUGCCUGACAUCACAAACAUGACCGACGCACUCCUCAUCCAUCCAGGUUACUGUGGGUCUGUCUGUGAGUCUCCCGGCUGUCUCCUAGCCCAGGAGGAACAACAGAGGCAGUUGGCAGACAGACAGGUGGCCCGUCACGUACUCCUAUGCCUGCUACUGACUGUUGGCCUACUAGCUAACCUGUCCAGCUGCCUGUGGUGGCUGUUUAACCAGGUUCCUGGUAGACUCUACUUAGAGCUGCAGUUCUUCUGUGCUGUGGUCAACUAUGGGCAGGGCUUCAUCUCAUUUGGGAUCUUUGGGCUGGACAAACACCUGAUAAUACUGCCAUUUAAAAAAAAGAUAUCCAGCCUGUGGCCAAGAAGGAAACGAGAGGAGGCGCCACCGCGUGUUCUGUCUGACGACGUCGUCAUGACCUGCACUCAGUUCGCCACGUACCCACAGAGAAGGAACUGUGUCCGGGACAUAGUCCACCAGAGGAGGUGUGGGGAGCGGACAUCGGCGGACACCUUUCUGGGCAGCGAGAUGGUGGACUGGCUGUUGCAGGCGGGUCUGUCGCAGGACCGCGGCGAGGCGCUGCUCUACGGGAGGCGGCUACAGCGAGGCGGGGUGCUCCAGCACGUUACCCGGGAGUACAACUUCCAAGACGACAACCUGCACUACCGCUUCAUGGCGUGAGGCGGGCCCAGUCUCGAGGCCUGUCGUAAGGCCCCAGAUGACCAAGGGACCCGCCACUUACCAGACCUGGAUCCCGAUCAGAACCCACUCAGUAGUGUCCACCCUCAGAGUUGACUUCUGCAGCUUUUUUGUUUUCCACAUUGAAGUAUGCUGUCUUAAAAAGCAUCGGGCACUUGGCGGUUUUCUGACUUUAACUUGUGGUAUUCAUAAUAGGAUUUAAGUUGGCACUGAUCAUAAUGAAUGUCCUGCCUAACAAUGGUGUCAUAUUUUGCAUGUAUGCCUCAAUAAUGUGAUUUAGCCUGGUGGUUAUGGCGGGGAUAUGCAGAGUUUUAGUCCUGGACAUCAAGGUGUUUUGAAUCCAGGCACUCCGUGAACUGAGUGAGAUAAUUGCUAGGUGCUGUGGUUAAUGGUGUCUGCCUAGGUGUGGUUACAUCAGAAUCCUGUAUACCCAUUAGUGUUGCCUACUCCUGGGUUUGGGGACUGGGCCAAUGAAAAGGGUUUUGGGCACACCUUGUGUUCAGUAGAUGACUAAGCAUUUCAUCUUUUAAUCAGUUUAAGACAAGCUUGUACGCACAUGACAAAACGUUUAUGCAGAUGGUAUUUAGUUCGAAUAAAAAUAAGCAUAUUUCAUUUAGAACUCAGGUAUUGAAAAUGCAAGUCUAAUGCUGCUGUCAAAGCUAUUUUUAAUGUUUAGAUAAUAUAGAAAGGAUUGUGAAAUAUUAUGGAAGUAGAUGUUGGAUGUAACUUUGUUUUAAUUUAUUAUAAUGAUUCUUGACUUCUGUAGUUCCUCAGACUAUUCUGGUAAUGCGUAUUGUUUUGUGCUUUAUACAAACGUCCUGUUUAUUAGGGUUGUCAUAUGUUGGUUUGGAGAAAAGGAGUACAAUAUUGAAUGUAACAAAUGUGCCAGAGAAGGGAUUGUUACUUUUUGAGUUAUGUUACUUUGUCCUUUAAUGGGGUUGUGCUCUUUACUGUUGUUAAUAAUGUAACUAAGCCACUUUUACCUUGUUUGGCGUUAUGAAUGUUGUAAAACUUUUUUCCGUAAAUAUUUUCAUGUCACUUGACUAAAAGGGAAUUAAUGCUAUCAAUGCAUUGGAAGAUGCGUUCUCCACAAUGGGUCCCAGCCUGUUUUGGGACAAAUAAACGUGGCAACCUUCGGCUUAUCCUUUAA